AUGGCGGGAGGUCGUAAACUGCGACGCGGCGGUGGUCGGCAUUCGCGUUCAUCCUUUUCCGAAACUUCAACGCCGUCGCAGGGUCCAACAUUGCAGCAGCAGCAGCAGCAGCAGCAGCUGGUGGGCGCCGGGUCCUACCAGCCAGGCAUGUCUGCUCAGCGCCAACAUUUCGAGGUGGCUGUCGCAGAAGCACAGGCCAACAACCCGUUGCUGCAGGCGCAGAAUUCGACGUCACUGAGCGACAGCAUUCUUGGAUCGACCACUGCGACGCCGGCAAACAGUACACGCGCGUACAUUGACGCCGCCGUCCGCGCAAAUCUACCACAGCACAGUACAACCUCAGCCACGAAUGCAACAGCAGCAACAGCAGCAACACCUAGACCUGGCGCUCCUCCUGUGGCCCCUGGGCGAGCCGCAUCUGCGCCUGUCAACGUCUCAACCUUGGCCGAAAUCAUGCAAGCGCACGGCGAGCCAGACGCCCCGGAAAUGCUGCGCUCGAGCUACGGAGGUGUCCAGGGCAUUGCCUCGAGCCUCGGAGUCCCGUCGCUCGAAUCGGGCCUGGCUGGCGAUGACGAGGAAUUGGAACGCCGCCGCCGCGAUUUUGGCAAGAACUUUGUCGAGCCAAAGCCACCCAAGUCGUUUCUGGCGCUCGUCUGGGAGGCCCUGCAUGAUUUGACAUUGAUUGUCUUGCUGAUUUCCGGCACAGUGUCGCUGGUGCUGGGCGCAACGAUCGAAUCCGACCCGUCGAUUGACUGGAUCGAGGGUGCAUCCAUUCUGCUCGCCGUGCUGAUUGUCGUCCUUGUCACCGCCGGCAACGACUACCAGAAGGAACGCCAAUUCCGUAAACUCAACUCGGUGAACGAGGAUGUCCAGAUCAAGGUCAUCCGCAAUGGCGAAAAGACGACCGUGUCCAUCAAGCAACUCGUGGUUGGCGACGUUGUCCGCCUGGAAGUCGGCGACAUUCUGCCGGCCGAUGGCAUUCUCUUUGACGCGAGCGACAUGAAGAUUGACGAGAGCGCUCUUACGGGCGAGUCCGAUCUCAUCCGCAAGUCUGAGGGCGACCACCCCUUCCUGCUGUCUGGCACCAAGGUCAUGGAGGGUCUCGGUCGCAUGCUGGUGAUUGCCGUGGGUGCCAAUUCCCAGGCAGGCAUUAUCACAGCGCUGGUGCAUGGCUCGAAAGGCAAAGCCCGGACCCACGCCACCCAGGCGAGCAACCAGCCCCAGCGGUACACGGCCGUUCGUGCCGAAGACCAACCUUCUGACGAAUCGUCCGACUCUGAUUCCUCCGACGAGGACGACGACGAGCCGACGCCAUUCCAGGAGCGCCGCCAGCAGCCGCAGCAGGCGGAGGCUGUUCACCAAUCAUGGUGGGCUCGCUGGCGCAACAAGCGCAAGAUGAAAAAGGCAAAACAAGAGGCCAAGAAGGCGCACGAAGAUUCGCAAAGGUCUGUUCUCCAGGCAAAGUUGGAACGCCUUGCAGUCCAAAUCGGCAAGCUGGGCAUCGUCAUGGCCAUCGUGGUAUGGCUGGUGCUGACGCUGCGGUUUACCAUCGAGACGUUCGCCAUUGACAAGCGCUCCUGGUCCAACGACUACAUUUCACGCUACCUGGACUUUUUCAUUGUUGGCAUUACUAUUCUAGUCGUGGCUGUUCCUGAGGGACUGCCUCUCGCCGUCACGCUCGCGCUUGCAUUCAGUGUGCGCAAAAUGCUCAAGGACAACAAUCUCGUUCGACAUCUGGAUGCUUGCGAGACCAUGGGCUCGGCGACAACCAUCUGUUCCGACAAGACUGGUACCUUGACGACCAACAAGAUGACCGUGAUGCGGUCAUGGGCCGCCGACAACGAAUUUGGCGCGUCCGCUUCGCGUGACCCGGGUGCCUCUUCUUCUUCACCAGCAGCUGCGGCGAGCACGAGUCAGCACGCGGCCGGGAAUGUGCUCGCCAGACUCUUCUCGACUGCUGUCGCCGUCAACUCGACCGCGGACGUCAAGUUUGGUCGACUCGAUGCCUCGGAAAACCCUGCCCGGAACAACAACCUACACGCUGCAGCGCCGUCCUUGCUGUCCCAUUUCCGCAGCUACAGCAACACGGAAGUUCCCAUCCCGACCCAUCCGUCCAGCAGCGACUCUGGCGCACAUCUCGAGGAGCAGCAUAUUGGCAACAAGACCGAGUGUGCUCUUCUCUCCUUCUCCCACCGCAUGGGUUUCAACUACCGCGAUAUUCGCGAAGCGCACCACCCGCGGCGUGUGCUGACAUUCUCGUCCGCUCGCAAGCGCAUGAGCGCAAUCUGCGCUGGCCAACCGCACAGCGACAGCAAGGAUGGCUUUACUCUGUACUGCAAGGUCAUCACCACCUACGCCAAAGAGGGUCUGCGAACCCUGGCGAUCGCCAUGCGUCACUUUGAUCGCGAGGACGAGUGGGAAGAGGUGGAAGCCGACGACCUCGAGGCGCAGUUGUCGCUGGUGGCCAUCGUCGGUAUUGAAGAUCCCGUCCGUCCGGAGGUGCCGGCAGCCAUUGCCAAGUGCCAGCGUGCUGGAAUUACUGUCCGCAUGGUUACUGGCGAUAACUUGACAACGGCGGUGUCGAUUGCGCGCAAGUGUGGCAUUCUCCCACCUGCGCCGGGCUCUACUCAUGCCGAUGGCUCGGUUGCUGUUCCAAUCAACGAGCACACUCGGAAUCAGCUUCACCCUGAUGACAGCUCGGCCACUGGUGAUAUUAGCGAGUAUGACGCAGCCGACGACGACGACGACGACGACGACGAUAACAACUCGGCUCGAGCCUCACCUCAGUCCCGACUCCUUCGCCGGGCCCAAGGACACCUCCACCAGCACGCAGGCACAUUCGGCCAGUACAACACGUUUGAAAGCGCGUCCCACCAGCCGGACAAUGGCCCACCGGUGUGCAUCGAAGGCCCCGAGUUCCGCCGCCGAGUGCUUGACGCAAGCGGCAACAUCAUCCAAGCCGAGUUUGAUCGAAUUUGGCCUCACUUGCGAGUCAUGGCUCGCUCGUCUCCGCAGGACAAGUACACGCUUGUCUCUGGCCUGCUCGGUAGUCGACUCAACACCAAUCCCGAGGUGGUGGCUGUGACGGGCGACGGCACGAACGAUUCGCCCGCUCUCAAACGUGCCGACGUGGGCUUUGCCAUGGGAAUUUCUGGAACGACCGUGGCCAAGGACGCGUCCGAUAUUAUUCUGAUGGACGACAACUUUAACAGCAUUGUCAAGGCCGUCAUGUGGGGCCGCAACGUGUACGACUCGAUUGCCAAGUUCAUCCAGUUCCAGCUCACGGUGAACUUGGUCGCCAUCAUCACUGCCACCCUGUCUGCCAUCAUCAUUGAAAAGAGUGCCUUGACGGCCAUCCAGCUGCUCUGGGUCAACCUGCUGAUGGACUCGCUCGCCUCGCUCGCCCUGGCCACCGAGCCGCCGUCCGAAGACCUCUUGAAACGCCAGCCGUACGGCAGAAACAAGGCGCUGAUCAGCCGCAUCAUGCUUCGCAACAUUCUGUUCCAUUCGCUGUACCAGCUGGGCGUCAUGUUUACGCUCAUUUUUGUCGGCGACAAGAUUCUCGACAUUCCCAACGGCCGAGACAACAGUGACGACCACGCCCCACCCACGCAGCACUUUACGAUCGUCUUUAAUGUCUUUGUGCUGUCGCAGAUUCUCAACCAGAUCAACGCCCGCCACAUUCACAACGAGCACAACCCGUUCAAGCACUGCUUCAACAACUGGCUCUUCCUCGUGAUUCUCGCCGGCGAGCUGGCCAUGCAGGUCAUUAUUGUCGAGUUUGGCGGCCGCGCCUUCUCUGUCACGCCUCUGACGGGCAUGCAGUGGGGCUUUUGCAUCGUGCUGGCGCUCUUUGUUUUGCCCGUGGGAGCGCUGAUCAGCUGGAUUCCUGUCGGCAUCCUGCCCAAGCGACUGAGCAUCGGCCGCAAGCCUCCCACGAAAGACGCGGAGGGCAGUCAGUGGCGCAAGCUGUGGUUCCGAAGCACCAAGCGUGUGCAAACCCAACUCCGAGUUGUUCACGCCUUGCAAGACAAUCUCUACCGCCACCGGCAUCGCGUCUCCGAGACCUACAAAGCGCUCCGCCGAGCCUCUUCGUUGCGUCGCGAUUCUGGCCUCCACCAACAGUACCAGCAGCAGUAG